UCAAUUUUGUGAUAAGUGAUAUAAAAGUAAUUACAGAGUGAAUAAUAACUUAAUAAGUAAGAUGGCAUCUUCGACAUUAAUCUCUUCCAUGCUAUUUCUUCUUCUCCUCAUGUUUUCGCUUCAUCCAUAUGAAGCUCUUGGUUCUCAAACUAAAAUCCGCAAACUGAAAGAGAUGAACAAGGUGAGGAGGAAUUUGGAAGGCAAUGACUACAAAAGCUCUAAAUCGCAGGUUGAAGGGAGCGUAUCGAAUAAAUGCCACAGCAAAAUUUCUAUCGAGAUCGUCACUACUUAUCUUUCUAAUGAAUCGUCUUCCCCCUGUAUACAGUGCAACGCUGGCUCCUGUUAUAGUUGUACCACGACUAGAAAGUGCACAUGGUCCAGUGACUCACACCGGACAUACCGGAGGUGCACCGUCACCGAGUUGUGUUGCCUUAUAAUACGUUCAUAG